CAGGACGUAACCCCGGCGUGACGCACAGCCCGGCGAGCCCUGGGCUUCGUAGAAGAGAGGAUGACACUACAAACAUGCAACAACAGUACAGUUUGCUACUCUGAAAAUGAACUUUGAAGUGGAACAAGGUAUUUUAUUAAAAUGAGCAAGUGGAAGGUGCUGACUCAGGUGUUGAAAAAAUAAAUAAAGACUGCCUUUAGGAAAAAGUACUUCAGUGAAAAAGCUUUGUUUUGGAUUUCUGAAAACUUACUUCAGCUGAGAAACUGAAGUAUGCAAACCUGGACUAGAAGUUCCGAAGGAACCAUGACCAACUUUGAUGAAGUACACAAGAUCUCUUGUAACUGUGUUUGUUUUCUGGAGCACAUUCAUGCAGUGCUCAUGGUUGGAAGAAAUCAAAAUGCAUCAAAACCACUUCUACUAGCGGAGAGCUGAAGCUACAUUUUGUGCAGAUGAGGCUAUUGAUGACUACUUGUUGAUAAAAUGGAAGUCUGGGUUUGUAUUCAGUUUGUUUUAAUGCGGAAGUGGAUCUCACAGCUUAAUGCAAAUAAAACAAACAAAGGAAAAAAGGAUGUCAAGUGUGGUCUUCCUUGAUUUCAAUGAAGGACCAUUGCAAGGAGCCAUGGAUAUUUGUUUCUAAAUGUGCUUAAUGGACAGACCAGCAACAUGGAUGACUUAGAGAUAAAUACUGAAGUCACUGGUGCUAAAGAAGAAGAAGAAAUUCUGUGUGAUGAUAAUUUCAUAUCUGAGGAAGAAGGUGGCAUUCCUAAAUCACAAGAGAGCGACACGUCAUUUCAGAAGAACAAUACACUGACUCUGCCUGAGGAGCUAUCAAGGGACAGAUCUGAAAAAGCCUUAAGUGGAGGCCAGACUUCUCUAUUUAUACACACUGGUGCUCCUACUGUUUCUAGUGAAAACUUUAUCUUGUCUAGAGGAACUGCUGUUAAUGGACCAGUUUCACACUCCACCUCAACUAAGACUUCCAUUAUGAAUAAAGGCAGUGUUUCAUUAACCACUGGACAGCCUGUAGGUCAUCAUACAGAUUCCUGCUCAACUUUGACAGUGGUUCAAGACCUUCAGCUGCCUGCAAAGAGUACAACACAAAAAUCAAAUCAGCACCAAGUUUUAUUUUUGUUACCUGAUGUAGCACAUGCUAAGAACAUGACUCAUUCCAUUAAAAAUCUACCUACCUCUGCUUCAAUUGGUUGUGAUUCACAGAAAUCAGUAGGUAAUAGUGUAGAUAGCACUUUAGUAGGCCAAGUAGAAGUUUGUGAGGAUGAUAAAAAUUUACUGGUAAAAGAUGAUUGUGUUGAUACAUUAACAGGCAUUUCCUCAGGUACAGGUGGUUUCAGAUCGGGAUGUGAUCCCACCUGGGAUCCACAAAAAGAGUUUAUACAGUUUCUUAUGACAAAUGAAGAAACAAUAGAGAAGUCUCCAAUUCACUGUAAAGUAGGUUUAGAAAAAAAGAGAAAAAGAAAAAUGGAUGUUAGUAAAAUAACACGCUAUACUGAAGACUGUUUUGGUGAUACCAGUUAUAUUCCUAGUAAAUCAAAACUGUUAAGUGUUGACUUCUUAGAACAGAAUGAAGAGCUACAAAUGGUAGAACCACAAAAAUAUUCAUUGAGUAAAGUAAAGCCUGAAUCCACAGAUGAAGAGCUGGAAGCUGUUGAUGCUAUCCAACAACUCAUUUAUAGUCCCACUGGUAGCUGUGCAGAAGAUGCUUCUCCUGUUCACACUAGCACUUUUCUUUCCAAUACUUUAAAAAAUAAAUGUGAACAGAAUGAUUCUGAAUCACCAUCUACUUUCAGUACUGAUGAACCAUCAUUUUAUCCCUGUACAAAGUGCAAUGUGAAUUUUAGGGAGAAGAAACAUCUGCAUAGGCAUAUGAUGUACCAUUUAGAUGGGAACAGCCAUUUCCGACAUCUCAAUGUCCCAAGGCCCUAUGCAUGUAGGGAAUGUGGAAGGACAUUUCGAGAUCGUAAUUCACUUCUUAAACAUAUGAUAAUUCACCAGGAAAGAAGGCAGAAACUGAUGGAAGAAAUCCGUGAGCUUAAAGAACUUCAGGAUGAGGGUAGGAGUGCACGGUUACAGUGCCCCCAAUGUGUAUUUGGUACUAAUUGUCCCAAAACAUUUGUGCAGCAUGCAAAGACCCAUGAAAAAGAUAAAAGAUAUUAUUGCUGUGAGGAAUGCAAUUUCAUGGCUGUGACAGAAAAUGAACUUGAAUGCCAUCGAGGGAUUGCUCAUGGAGCAGUAGUCAAAUGUUCCAUUAUUGGUAGUGACGUGUCCCAGAGGAAAUCACAGAAAAAGGCAUCCAUGAAAGAUCCAUAUUUAGGAUCCUCAAAAAAGUCAUCAACGUAUAUGUGUAAGAUGUGUCCAUUUACAACUUCGGCUAGAAGCAUUUUAAAAAAACACAUGGAAUACCUGCAUCCAACAUCUUGCAUUGAUCCCUUUGGUAGCCAUCUUAGACUAGAAAAGAGGAAAGGCAGCAUUUUAGAAGAAUCUUUAGAUUUUGGUAGCAGGACAAAGCAGUUGAUGAAACAAUCUACAUUUCCAAAAAACUCAGUUUUAAAACAGGAUGUAAAAAGAUCUUUUGGCUCUACUUCACAGUCCAGUAACUUCACCAAACUUCACAAGAGACCCUACAGGAUACAGAAGGCCCGGAAAAGUGUUUCACAGUCAUCUAAACUUAACUCUGCUGAAAAAAAAGACAGCUAUGAAACGGAGGAUGAAAGUUCAUGGGAUAAUGUUGAACUAUGUGAUUACACUACACAGUCUGUGGAGGACGAAUCUUACAAUGAUAUUAAUCAGGAGCAUGUAAGCCUAUUCCCCAUAUUCAAAGGUAAAAUGGAAGAUCAUGAAACUGUUGAUAAAUCUUCGCUUAGUUAUGAGCAGAAUGAUGGCUUUUAUUUUGAAUAUUACGAAGAUGCUGAGGGUAGUAACUUCCUCCAUGAGCUGCAUGAUCCUCAGAAUUUAGAAAACGUAGGAUCAGCAUUGCCAAAACAUAAUUCAGUUUUCCAUUGGACUGAUUUGUCGCUUGAAAAGAAGUCCUGCCCAUACUGCCCAGCAACCUUUGAAACAGGUGUUGGAUUGUCCAAUCAUGUCAGAGGGCAUCUUCACAGAGCUGGAUUGAGCUAUGAAGCCCGUCAUGUUGUUUCACCAGAACAGAUAGCAACAAGUGACAAAAUGCAACAUUUUAAAAGAACUGGAACAGGAACUCCUGUUAAGCGUGUUAGAAAAGCAGUUGAGAAAUCUGAAACUUCCUCUGAGCAUACGUGUCAGCUCUGUGGAGGCUGGUUUGAUACUAAAAUUGGAUUGUCAAAUCAUGUGCGAGGACACCUGAAGAGGCUUGGCAAAACCAAGUGGGAUGCUCACAAGUCUCCGAUCUGUGUUCUGAAUGAGAUGAUGCAAAAUGAAGAGAAGUAUGAAAAAAUUCUAAAGGCUUUGAAUAGUUGCCGCAUUAUUCCCAGACCGUUUGUUGCUCAGAAAUUUGCAUCAAAUGAUGACUUUUUAUCUCAGAAUGUUAUACCUCUUGAAGCAUACCAUAAUGGCCUAAAAACUGAAGAUACAUCUGUGUCUGCAUCGGAGGAAGAAGGGCUGAGUUUCCUAAAUGAAUGUGAUGAAACAAAAGCAGUACUACAUGGAAAAAAAAAUCAAUCACUUACACUGAUAGAACUUCUGAAAAAUAAAAGGUUAGGAGAAGAAAGGAAUCCUGAUAUUUCUCCUCAGAAGAUUCAUAAUCAAACUGCGAGAAAGAGGUUUGUUCAGAAAUGUGUUCUUCCAUUAAAUGAAGACAGUCCAUUGAUGUAUCAGCCACAAAAAAUGGACUUGACUAUGCAGUCAGCUUUAGACUGUAAGCAAAAGAAGUCAAGGUCAAGAUCUGGAAGCAAGAAAAAAAUGCUGCCAUUACCUCAUAGUGCUGAUGAAGUUUACAUACUCAGAUGCAGGUUUUGUGGUCUGGUCUUUCGAGGACCUUUGUCUGUUCAAGAAGACUGGAUAAAGCACUUGCAGCGACACAUUGUCAACGCAAAUCUUCCACGGACUGGAGCUGGCAUGGUUGAAGUCACAUCACUACUUAAAAAACCUGCUUCAAUUACUGAAACUUCAUUUUCUUUACUGAUGGCAGAAGCAGCAUCAUAGAACAAGGAAACAUUUUAAAUUUGAAUUGGAUGUAAAUUUGAAAUACUUCGUCUUUUUUUUAAAUCAAUUGUUACACUAAAUUAUGUUUAUAAAUCCUAAAGACAAAAAUAGAGGAAGUGGAUUACAGUAACAUCAAAAUAAAUUGAAUACUUAACAGUUACAGUAAGUAGUCUUUAUAUUUUAUAUAGGGUGGAAGAUGUGUUUUUAAGGUUUAUUAUGUUUUUGUCAGUUACUGUGUUCACUAUCAAUACAAGACCAUUACAUGUAUGGCAGCCAUUUUUAAAUUGUUGCACAUGGGUACUUAAGACAGAUUUUAAUAAAAACAAAGAAACCAUGUUCUCUGCAGUGUUACCCAAAUCAAGGCUCUGUUUACUCCAAAAAGAAUUACAUAGUAAAAUAUUAUUAUAUUUUGUUUGUAUGUAUGUAGUGUUUUGUAUAAUACCAAGAACUGCUAAUACAAUUUACUCAACUUAGGGCAUUAAAUACCAUGUACUUCAUAGUUCAAGAGACUGUUUCAUUCAAAUAGGGCAAUUAGUACUCUUCUAUCUAGGUGUGUAAGUGUUUUUUUUAAAUCACAUGAGGCUUUUUGUACUAAAAAGUGGAGGGAAACUUGUUUAAACAAAUUUCUAAGAUAAAUAUGUACAUAAUACUGGAAAUUUGUGGUAAGGAAAUAUUCUUUACUUCAGUUGCAUUUCUCACUGACAACAAAGUGGUGCAUCCAUGCUACCUCCUACUUGUCAACAAAGAUGGUAUUUACCCUUAUGUUUUUGUAUCAUAGUAGAUUCAGUCCAACUUUCUUUAUUACAAAGCAUCUUCUUGUUAACAAGUUUGUUUCUUUAUGAUGAUUUACUUAAAGUCUGACAUGCUUACAGAAGUUUGCCUCUCUACUAUUUUAUUUAACACUGUAGAAAUGUACUAAUAAGCAUCGCUCACUACACGGUUAGAGUAGACUUUUCAUUUAUAAUUCUGUUUAAAAGAUUAAUCAUUUUAGAAAAUUUGAACACAGAUGGAAAUGUUUCUACAUAUGAAGAGAAUGUUUACAACUUAAAUUUUAGAGCUUGUUUUGGAUGUGAUUAUAUGUAUGAAAACUGUAACACUAUGCUCAUGCUAAGGACCUACUUACAGAAUUACUGAAAUAAAUGUGCUGUGAGGAUGGAAAUAUGGUGCAGGUGUCUUGGUCAUGCUGAAUUGUGUUUGUUCAUUCAAACUGUCUUCAGAACAUGAUUUUUGUUUAAAUCAUAAGUCAGAUUCCUCUACAAAUCAAUUUUGUAUGCAAGUAACAUUUCAUUUUACUCAUAUAGGGUAACUAAUACUGUAGUUAAGCCAAGGAUAUGCAUUGAUAUUUUCUUUAUAUGUAAAUAAAGUUAAAAGCAGUUAAAACAAGAGGAGUAUUUUGGUAGAGUAUAUACAUACCUCACUGCCAGUGAAAUUGCUUUCCUAUGGUAUAUCUCCUUACCAGAAAAAUCUCUAAAUAAAAAGGUUUAAAGAAAAUCUAAAUGUCUAUAAUGUGAAGCAUUUAUUUGCAUUGUUUGAAUUAAGUUUGUGAAACUGAUUUGUCUUGCUUGAGAUUAAAAUAUUCUCUUGAUCUUAAGUAAAAAUACGUUUACUUGCAAUAAAAUGACUUGUUCAGACGCAUUACAUUUGAUUGGUGGAAAAUAUGAAUAAACGUCUGUCUUCCUGUAUGUGUGCAGUUAACACACAAGGCUUGUUAACAUUCUGAUAAAAUAGAUGAGCUAAAAAUAAACAGUUGUGCAGGAUGGUGUCCUGAGACAAGGGCAUCCUGUAUCUAUUAAGGUUAUCAUUAAAUUAGUACUAUCAGGUGUUUUACUGUGAAAGUUCCUGCAGGUAACAUAAGCGUUAUUGUCCAAAUGUAUUCCUACUGUUUUUUAAUCAGAAAGCACACAUCAGUAUAUCUAAAGGCUGGAGAUAAAAUUACGUUUGACAUUUCAGGAAAGAUAACUAGAAUGUUUAAGUGUAUUGCAGACAAAUUAUGUGUAUACAGUCUAAGUAAAAAAUUCUAAAUUUGUAGAUGAUUGUGGACUUUUUUUUAAUAUGCUGUGAAAGUUGGAAGAUUUACAGCAACAUGUUGUUGAAGCAGAGAAUAGAGAGAAGUGAUCAGAUCAUCUUGAAUGUUUAUAGUGCUUUAAUAGAGUGGUUGUUUACUCAUCACCAAAAAAAGGUGCCUGUGAGCACCAUAUUCUAUGGCUGUUUAACAUGAAAAAAUCGGUUAAGUGCAAAUUAUAUCUAAUGUUAAGAAUGUUUAUAAGGCAAAGCCAUACCGUGCAGAAUUUAGCAGUAGCAAAAAAAUUAAACUAGGUUUAUAAUAGUAAACCUAGUUAAUUUUAUUUAAUUCUUUAAGCCCCAAUAGUGAACUAUUUUGUUGUAAUGCCAAAAAUGUAAAGUUGUGCCUGAAAAGCGGGAAGCUCUGGUCCUGGCUAGUUUCCAAAAUGAUACUCUUAGGUUAGCUCUUAGGUUAGGAGCAGCUGUUUUCAGUGGCAGGCUUUCUGAGUGUGAGGAGCUGCCCAGGUAGUUAGCUGUGUGGUUUUUGUUAAUGCUCCUGCCCUGCUUGCAUCAGGACCUUGCCAAUAGAGUUUGAAAUACAUAGAGAGAAGUCCUAGAAGACCUCUGAUUAUUAAAUUAAUUGCAUAUUUAGCUGAUAUGGACUGAAUGAUCUUUUAAAAAAAAAAAAAAAAAGCCACUUUAAGCUUUCUUUAGCUUAUAGACUUCAAGGGGGGCUAUUUGUUUUCUUGGUUUCUAUUGCUUGGAAAUGCACAUCUUUUGUUGACAGGAGAUAAACCCACCUUAACAGAAUUAGGAAGGUUCUAAUUAAGUGGGUAGAGGAGAGUGUUGAUUAAGCCAGUCACUUUAUUGUACAGAUCUCAUGUUUUGAGAUGUGUGUGGCACACGUACACCUUGGAAUCAAUAACUGGGUCUUACUGUCUUGGUUUUACUGCUAGGCUAGAGAGCUGGACUUCUGGAAUUGCGCGUAUAAGCAUGAGUGUGCCUUUGUUCACCUUGGCUGUAUUGCUUCAGACUAAAGACUGCAGUGGUUUAGUGAUUUUGUGGUUGUUCAGUUGGUUUUGGUUCCUUAUCACAAUCUUCCAUGGUUCUGGAGUUGCACUUCUCUUCCAGUACCUACCCUACUUUCUCGUAAAGCUCUUUCAAGUAACAGCCUCUGGAAAAUUAUGAAAAUUUUCAAUGCUUAAGCCAGGAAACUGUAAAAGUCCAAUCCCACACUUUGUAAGAUGACUGCCUGUAUAUUCUAGUCCCAGUGCUAUUUCAUUCAUUUAAAAGAGCUUUGUGUAGGACUUUGGAAAUGUGAUUUUGGAGUACCUGCCAAAUGGUAGUGUGGCUAGGCUGUAUGCAUGGAAAACUGGAUAUGGAGGCAGGUGGAUAGUAAAACAUCCCCGGGCAUUCAGUCCCGUUUGCCAUGUGCUGCUCCAUAUGGAGUGUGCAACUCCUUUUAGGUGGUCUGCACCCACAAGAUGAGGCAGUCCAGCUCUGCCUGCAGAUGAAACUCUUACUUGCUUGGGGCUCACCUUACCCCUCAGUGGUGUCAGGGUUGAGCUGAUGAUUCUUCCUGAUGGGAGAAAAAGCAUAGAGAAGACAAUAACACUACUGGGGAGCGAGAGCACCUAAUGUGCCACAGACAGGGAUUUUAACAGUUGGCAUUUAUGUCCUUGGCCAGACUUUUUGUGUUUGAGCAAUGUGCCUGCUUAAAGUCCUACCUUUUCAGUCAUGCUCAGGAAAACCACCAAGGUCUCAGAGGUAAGUGCAUCACAGGAAGAACGUGAAUCAUGAACUGAGGCUCAGAGAUGUGCAUACAUCUGAAGCUUGGAGAUGUCAGCUUCACGAGACUGUUCCUACAAAGCUAUUUUGAAAUGAAUAAUUUUUCUGGGCCCAUUCUAGAUUAUCCUGCAUGUCAGUAAUACUUUAAAAGGGUUAUUCAUUAAUUAAAUCUACCCGAUUUAGAAAAUCUACAGGAAAAAAAAAUGGUGGAAAAUAUGUGGAAAAAAUACCAAUGAAUAGCAAAUACUUGUUUUUCACUAAAUCAAAAGGGUUGUGAAAGGAGCCUCCUCUCUUAAGCAAUACUAUUAACAAACGUCACUUUUUAUCACAAUGGUUAGCGUCCCAGAUACUAAAACACCAGUUUCAUAUUCCGAAAAUCAGUUUAUAUAGUCUUGAAUUUUUAUUUUGUUUUUAAAAAGCUUCUGUUUAGGUCAGAAUUUAUUUUAAAAGGCUGAGUUCAGAUAUUUCAAUCUGCCAUGCUUUGUAGGUGCUGUUGCCUGAUAUAUGGGUAGCAAUUUCAAUGUAAUGGAAAAAUUUUGGCCAUAGUGCCAGGUCUGUAAUAUCUUGCAAUAAAAUGUUCCUUUUUAAC